ACAGUGCUUCACAUUGUAAGUCUGAUACACAUGCAGAACCGCAACUGUAAUCUCAGCAAGCAACAUGUUAGUGUUUUUCGCUGUGGUCUUAUCGUUGUCACUUACGUCCGCAUUUGCGGACCGAGUGCCGCGCAGUUGUGGCGCUUGUGAACCCAGUCUGUGCGACGCUCUCCCAGAGGUGGGCUGCAAGUCUGGCACGAUUUUCGACUCCUGCGGUUGUUGUUCACUUUGCGCGGCUGGAGAGGGGGAGCCAUGCAGGGGGCGCGGAACCACAGCCAAGCGUUGCGCCUCUGGACUGGAGUGCGUUAAGAGCGACAAGAACAAGAAGACAAAGCUCGGAGUUUGCGCCUGCAAGACCAAAUACGAAGUGUGUGGCUCCGAUGGAGUGACCUAUAAAACUGGCUGCGACUUGAAAGUUGCCAGCCUGAAAGCGGUGAACGAGGAGAAGCCUGAAAUAAAAGUCUUGAAUAAAGGAAAAUGCGCAACAGCACCUGUCAUUGUGACGGCCCCUGGUGAGGUCUACAAUGUCACAGGCUCCCAGGUGUACCUGAGCUGCGAGGCCAUUGGAAUCCCCACCCCCGUGAUCACCUGGAAGAAGGUACCAGAAGGUUCAAUUGUGAGGUCUCUAGGACUUUUGAAUCCACACUUUUCUCAGGUCACCAGCGGAAAACAGAGAAUGGAGCUGCUUCCAGGAGACAGAGACAACCUGGCCAUUCAGACCCGUGGAGGACCUGAGAAACAUGAGGUCACCGGCUGGGUCUUGAUCUCGCCGCUCACCAAGGAAGAGGCGGGCUCGUAUGAGUGCCACGCUGUCAACGCCAAGGGAGAGGCCUCAGCGGUGGGCACCAUUCAUGUGGUGGAGUCCAUCGAUGACAUCCCUGUCAAGAAAGUGGCCAAGGAUGAUGAGCUGUAAGGCAUCUCAGCACAGUAGUCUCAGUGGCGACUCCUGGCAGGAUCAGGAGAGGGAGAAGCCCCUUCCAUCCCACCAGUAGACCUGUACAAUGACUAAGAAAGAGGACCAACAGCCACCAUUAGCAUCCCAGAGAUCCAUCAGAUUUAUAUUUGAGAACGUUGCCAUUUGUUAAAUAUGUGUUAAAUAUUUUAGUCAUUUAGCAGACACUCUUAUCCAGAGAAACUUUCAGUGGUGAGCGCAUAUGUAAAAAAAAAAGAAAAAGAACAAAAAGAAUAAUCAUACCGGUCCCCCAUCUGAAUCAAACCCACAACCCUAGAAUUACAAGCACCAUGCUCUAUCAACUGAGCCACACAGGACUUGUAACAAGUCAGUUUUCAGUGAUAUUCAGUACACUGUAUUGUAGACAGUAAUCCACAAGAGUCAUCUAGGCCUCUCACACACAUUUCUUGUCACUGACAUCACACACAAGUAAUUCAUCAAUAAGUACACAGUGUACAAAACAUUAGGAACACCUUCCUAAUGUUGAGUUGUAUCCCUUUUUGCCCUCAGAACAGAUUCAAUUUGUUGGGUCAUGACCUCUAUGAGGUGUCAAAAGCCUUCCACAAGGAUGCUGGCCCACAUUGACUCCAAUGCUUCUCACAGUUGUGUCAAACUUGCUGGGUGUCAUUUGGGUGGUGGACCAUUCUUGAUACACACGGGAAACUGUUGAGCGUGACAAACCCAGCGGCAUUGCUGUUCUUGACGCACUCAAACUAGUGUGCCUGGCACCUACGACCCCACCCUGUUCAAAGGCACUUAAAUAUUUUGUCUUGCCCAUUCACCUUCUGAAUGGCACACAUACACAAAACAAAAAAAAAUCCUUCUUUAACCAGUCUCCUCCCCUUCAUUAACACUGAUUGACAUGGAUUUAAUAAGUGAUUAUAGCUCUCACCUGGUCAGUCUGUCAUGGAACAAGCAGGUGUUCCUAAUGUUAUGUACACUGUGUAUGUGCACACACACUAAUUGCAUGUGCAUGCUUCACUCUUACUAUUCCAUCUUUUUUAAUUCUAGCAAAAAUAAUACAUUGCAAGACCAUCACUAGUUGGCCAAGCAGGAACAGAUUACCGAACGGGUGCGUGCCCCCUGGCCUAUAGUUUUUCUAUUAGCAUAUGAUAGCAAAAUGUGUAGAAUUGCAUGAAAUUAGCUUUAAAAAUGCAACAUUUUCUCUCAGCCUCAUGGCAAAAUGUGAAUAAAAGCUAUAAAACAGCAAAAUAAUCCCUUCCCCAUGGCAAAAAGUGUAUAAUUGCAGGAACUUUAAAAACUGCAACAUGUUCUGUUAACUUCCUGCACAUUUUGUCAUGAAGCUAACGGACUACCCCAAAAAAAUGGAGGCCGGUUCCCGGGGGCCACAAAUGCGGUAGUUUGGCCCUGUGGGCAAGGCAGAAACAGACACCCAGGCAUAAAACAAUUACCCUUUACUAAAAUUGUCGUGAAAAAACACAUGAAUUUGAAUAAAUCUUACAUUUGAAAUUAUAUUUUUAUUUCUAAAUGUACCAAGGUUAUUUUUUGAAAAGUACACAAAUCAUUCUUUCCCUUGACAUGAUGCUUGACAAGCCAUAAAGACAUGCCUUUGCAAAAGCCAUUGUGUGGAGUGAGUGAUCAGGAAUUAGAGGAAGGAAAACCAAACUCAGAACACUCUUGCAUUCAUAUAAUCCCAGUACUCGCAUACUACGGGUUUAGCUACCACUCCAAACUUUGGCAGAUGUCUGGGGAUGUACUGUAGGGCAUAUUGAGUAACCGACAAGUAUGAAAUGGUGUAGAAAAAGGAGGAUUUAUGAUGGAAUGUAGAGAUCCACUUUCGGUGCUAAAAGUCCGCAACUCCAAUGAAGAGGCUAGCGGACAUUGCUUUUACCAAAUGUUUCUAGUUUCCCCCAGACUUAAGCUGUAUGUAUGAAUUUGCUGUAUUCACGUUGGUGUAUGGUUUACUAACACUAGAUGUUAUUACUGUGUGACAGGUGCUGUACAUCACUAAUAAAUACAAAAAUUGA